AUGAAAUCCAGCAGCAACACCUCUGUUUCCGGCGAUCUUAUCUCCAAGAAACGAAACGGCAAAGGAAGUGUCUCUUCCGCUGAGCCGAUCAACCGUACCGACCAACCCCGUGACUCUUCCGCCAAGGCUGUCUCUGUCGUUUCCAUGUCGAAAAAGUCAAACGGCAAGGCUGUUCUGUGCUCUGACGUGCCGAUGCGACAUAUCGGCGGAACCGGUGUUUCCUCCGCCAAAACCCAUGAAGUGAUGUUCUUCAAAGAUGUCAGAUUUGGUCCACAAGAAGGCGAGCUAAGGUUUCGUCUGAUCCAUUUUUGGGAGGCUCGGAACCCAAUUAAGAAGGUGCUUAUUGGUAUAGAGAUGCUACUUAUUGAUGAACAGGGUACUGUGAUCCAAGGGUUCAUCCCCCCAGGAAGGAUUGACACCUAUUUGCCACACAUGAUCGCCGGUUCCAUUUACAGACUCACUAAUUUUAUGGGUCUAGGAGCAAGACUGUGUACCGGUUCGGUUCAUUUUCCUGAGGACCGGUUCCGAUUCAAUGGGUAUGAAGAGUUUGAAGCAGGUUGUGACCUCGGAGGGGAUCUUUAUGAUUACGUUGGUCACAUCAAACUGGUGGGUGAGCAGGCUCUGACUGCCGGUCUUGUGCUUGAUGAAGUCGAGAUAGCUUCCUCACGGCGUCUUAUGGUUCAUGUCCAGACACAUGAUGGUCCUGUGAUGAAGCUAUACCUAUGGGACAAGGUUGCUACGGACUUUUGUGAGAAGUUUAAAGCGAAUGGAAACACUCCGAGUGUUAUUUUGGUGACUACUGUAAACCCAAAACGGUUUGGAGGCGCUCUAACACUCUCCUCCCUAUCAUCCUCCCGUGUGUUUCUCGACUUGGACGUUCAACCAACCAGAGAUUACAUGACUUGGUUGGGAUCAAACACAGAUGUUGCCAACAGGGUUAAUCCCGACAUUGUGACCAAGGCAGAGACGGUUACAAUAGGAGAUCUUUUCUCUUACAUCAAGCAUGAAGGAUCAAAGGUUGCUUGGUUUGAGUGCACAGCCACCAUUGAUGAUGUUGUGCAUGGUUCUCCAUGGUAUUAUAUUUCAUGCGGUGGGUGCAAGACGAAGGCGACAAAGGGGCAUACUACGCUCAUGUGUAAAAAAUGUGGGAAAGCUGAAGUUACCGGUGUUGCAGAGUAUCUUAUGAAGCUCUCUGUCUAUGACAAAAAUGACCAUGGGUUUUUUGUGCUUCUCGGUGACGCUGGGCGUGAGUUGACUGGGAAGCCAGCAUCAGAAUUGGUUGAGAGAUACUUUGAGGCCAAUGAAAGCGUAGGAGAUGAUCACAUGGUUCCGGUGCCACAGGCUCUAAUUGAUACCAUUGGGCAAACUCGCACUUUCAUUGUGAAGGUUUCAAAACACAAUUUGGAAGGCAAGACCCGAUCUUUGACUGUUACAAAGGUGCUCCCUCUUGAAGCUGCAGCAGCUGAUGGCAACUUAGAAGAAAAUGUGAUUGCUUCUGCUGUCGAGGAGACCUUACAGAUGGGCAAGCGUGUGAAUGGUUCUUCCAGUGAGCAUGAGGGAUCCACAGAUGCAGCGGUGAAAAGGAGUUUUGAUGGGGAUGAGUCAGAAGAAGCUAAGCGUGCCAAAUGUGGCUAG